UGUGGCCCGGUGGGCCUGGGCCGUGCUGGGCCCGGCACGGCCUGAUGCCCAUCUUUAGACAACCGUAGGCAUACUUCAUAUGCUCGAAAAAGAAAGGAUCUUAUGACAUCAUUGUUUAGACAAAAAAGUGGGGAGAGGCUUUUUUUUUUUUUUUUUUUUGUAAUGAAGUUCCCCAAGUGCCAACCAAGAGGAAAAUCCCACUCCUAGGAGCCAACUUUGAUCUUGCCUGUGGAGUUUUGGCAGUUGAUUCAGAAUGAUGCUUUAGUAGUAACCUUUUUGUGCCAACGUUGGCAAUUGUCUUUGGCCACCUCAUCAUGUGAGGCUGGUUGCUGUCCAAGACCAGACAACUUACCCGGGAAGAAGCUGAUGACGCAACGUUGGGACACGUGGAGAGAGGGUACGGUGUGGGCGGUCGGAGGAUGAGAUGUCCGGCCCGGCUGCAAAUGGAUUGGGGUUGACCCGUGGGUGCUUGGCAGUGGGGCCCGGGUGGACUGAGUGAGGCGUCUCACAUGCUAUUUCUCCUCUUGUGGUGGCCCACAUAGAACCAGAGGGAUAAGGAGAUUGUGGAGUGGAUGCAAGGUGGAGGAUUCCCUUCAGAACCCCCUACCUUCUUCCAAUCAUGCUAAGUCAUCAAAAAUGAUGACUGACUCUCCUUGGCGCAUACGUUCAACCAUCCUCUAAAAUCUUCUCCGUCUGAGUAAGAGAGAUGGAAGGAGAGAUGGAACUUCUUUCAGAGAGAUCAAGGACUCCCGUUCUUGGCUCAUACAUUCGACCAUCCUCUAAAAUCUUCUCCAUCUGAGUAAGAGAGAUGGAAGGAGCUAUUGCUGAGGCUCAGGUUUCCAGUGUCAUGUCUCAGCUUGCCAACCUCCUCGCACAAGAAGUUGCUUUCUUAAGUGGGGUGAGGGAUCAAGUCGAAUGGGUGAAAGCACAACUCCAGCUAUUGCAAGGUUUCCUCAAACAUGCCGAGUCGAGGAAGAGGAGGGGAGACGAAACAGCGGAGAUCUGGAUAAAGCAGAUGAGAGGUGUGGCAUAUGAAAUAGAAGACAUCAUAGGCACCAUCAAGUGCAUGGGCGAGAGGCAGCGUCAGAGGAGAGGCUUCAUGGGCACCAUUUUCAGGUACUCUCACAAACCUGGUGAAUUGAUUACCCUACAUAAAAUUGGUUCUGAAAUUGAAAAAAUAAAGGAAAAGAUUCAAAAUCUUUUCGCGAGCAAAGAUACAUACGACAUUACUGAUAUAGGUGGAAGUAGUGCAGUGGAUGAAAUUUCGCAAUCACUCAGACAAUCCUCUCCUCACUCUGAUGAUGAUGACAUUGAUGUUAUAGGCUUCGAGAAUGAUAAGAAAAAAAUAGUGAGUCGAUUGCUCGAUAAGAAUAAGAAAGCACGAUGUGUAAUUUCGAUAGUGGGUAUGGGUGGGCUAGGCAAGACCACCCUGGCAAGUAAAGUGUAUAAUGACCCUGCAAUUAAAAACAUUUUGAUACCUCUGCUUGGGUUUCAGUUUCUCAGAGCUACCGAGGUUAUCGAGCUAGCAAAGGACAUCAUGAAAAAAGUAAUGGGAAUCAAAAAGAAGAAAGAAACAACUACACGAAUUACAGAUGAAGACUUAGAGCAGAUGGUUGAAGAAGACUUAAAGCAGAUGGGUGAAGAAGAAGUGAGAGAGAAGCUCCGUGAUUUCCUAAGAGACAGAAAGUAUUUGGUCGUUGAUGAAUGAUGUAUGGAGUGUUGAUGUUUCGGGACAAAUGCAUCCAUUCUUUCCUAAUGGAAACAACGGGCAGCAGAAUACUGCUUACUACCCGUGAGAUGGAAGUUGCAAACCGUGCCAGGUCAAGCUUUCCUCCAUAUAAACUACACACUCUGAAUGACACAGAGAGUUUGGAACUCUGUGUAGGAAGGCAUUUCCACUAAAACAAGAUGUCCCAGCUGAUUUGAAGGAAUUGGCCAAGAGACUUGCAAAGAGGUGCAGUGGACUUCCUCUUGCACUGGUGGCAUUAGAGGGCCUUCUGUCAGGAAAAGAUUCAACCUAUGAUGCGUGGUGGAGUGUAGCUCAGAGCAUGAAUUGGGAAGAUGGUCCAGAUGGGAAGAAGUGCUUCAAUAUAUUGGGCUUAAGUUACAAUGACUUGCCGUAUCUGUUAAAACCCAUGUUUUCUAUACAUCGCUGCGUUUCCAGAGGACUCCAUUAUCUCUGCUUCCAAAUUAGUCAGGUUGUGGGUCGCCGAAGGUUUCAUACCGGAAGAGCAGACAAGGACAAUGGAAGAAACUGCUAGAGUUUGGUUGGAUAAUUUGGUCCAGAGGUGCAUGAUCCAGGUUGUCGAGAGAAGCAAGGCUGGCGGGCGGGUUAAGAGCAUACGCAUCCAUGAUCUGUUACGGAAAUUUGGCCAAUCGGAAGCCAGAAGGGAUGGAUUUCUUCAAAUUUGCAGCAGUGACAACAUGGCAGUAUCUAUAUGGAGUCAUCGUGCGGCUUUCCACAAUCGUAUGCAAGACGAGGUUGCUGUUUCCUCACCACAUCUCCGCACUUUGCUGGGCUUUCAAUUUAGUUUUGAAAGACAGUACUGCUGCAGGAAGAUUUUUUGAAUGAGUUAAACUUAUUAAGGGUGCUGGAUCUGGAGGGCGCUGAAGAUUUGAAGGAGUUACCGAAACAGAUCGCAGCAUGAUUCAUCUACGAUACCUGGGAUUGAGAAGGACUGGUUUGAAGAGACUGCCAUCCUCCAUCCGACAUCUCUUGAAUCUGCAGACUCUAGAUGCGAGAGGCACAAGGAUUUCAUGGCUUCCGAAAUCAUUUUGGAAAAUCCGGACGCUGAGGCACGUCUAUAUUAAUGAAGUUAUGUUUCUGUUAGCACCGAUAAGUGGUGAUCACAACAACUUGCAGACUCUGAAAAUCCAGGACACUAUGGUCCAGGCGUGUGCUUGGGAUGUUGUGCAUAUAGGUGCUAUGGAUGCAGUCCGUGUGAACCGUUCAAUAGGCAUAACAGGGAUCAAAAAUUGGGUUACCAGACCUGGCUUUAUUGAGGAGGCGAUGGAGAGAACAGCUAGCAGAAUAUAUAGAAAGUCACUUGAAAAAGCAAUCGAGAAAAUAGACAGCCUCAUCUCCUUGACUCUGCAUUUUUCUAUUCUCCCCGGCGACAACCUUUUCGCUUGGGCGCCAAAGUUGCACCAGCUCCGUUCACUGAGACUAUGGGGCCAGUUGUCAUACAAACAACAACGGGAGCUCACAGACAGCAGACAAUUCCCGCCAAACCUCACCAAGCUCGUAUUAAUUCAUUCUGAAUUCGAGCAAGACCCAAUGCCGGUGCUGGAGAAGCUACCAGACCUCAAGUUUCUUGAACUAUGGUCUUCAUAUUUUGGGAAGAGCAUGUCGUGUUCUUCUGUAGGUGGCUUUCCUCGACUGCAACACCUGGUAUUAUACGGUGUCCACAAUUUAGAGGAAUGGAGAGUAGAGGUUGGGGCAAUGCCCAGCCUUACCCACUUAACUAUCUGGAACUGCAAAAUAUUGAAGAUGCUUCCUGAGGGAUUGCAGCACGUGACCACACUUCGAGAACUGAAGCUAAUUGAAAUGCCCUGUGAGUUCAAUGAUAGGGUCAGAAAUGAGGACGGGUACAAGGUCCGACACGUCUGCUCCAUUAUUUUGAACAUGAGCUCGAUGAGACACUCAUAUCAUUCGUACUAAUUCUGAAUUAUGAAUCACAUGGGGCUUGGGGAGUGCACGCAUAGAUUUGCUUCCGAGUUCCUAGUAGAUAUAGUUUUCUUUAGUUAUUUAGUUGGAUUCCGCAUAUGUUAGCUUUAUAUUCGGUUUGGUUACCAAAUUAUGUGCUGGAACAUUGUGACUCUCUAUUAUCUUGGGAUUAUUGUUGUUGAGGAUAAAUUAUUACUUGCAUUUUUCAUUACCUAAUAUUUGGAAGGUUGAGUGAGUUUUGCUUUUAAAUUGAA